GGGUGGAUGAGGUGUGAGAGAGGUGCCCUGUGGGCUCACAGGAUUUUGUAGAUCCUUUUGUAAGAAAUUUGCUGCAGUGCUGAGGGACCUAUUCAGGGCCAGUGUCUCUAGGAUCUGUUCAUCCCUGGCAUUGAACUCUGUCUUUGGAGAUCACUUUACGCUCUCUGUUAUUGUCCCAGUUAUACUUUUCAGUUUGACCUUUUUUUUUUUUUUAUUGCUCUGUCUGUGUUUUCUCUCCUGAUUAAGCGUAUUAACCUGACAGGUAAUAAAAUCUAACCAACACACACAUAAUCUUCACACGUCUUUUAUUAAUAAUCAUCUGUUUAUGCAUUCUUCUACAUCUGUUGUUGUGCUGGCUGGACACAGCCAGGAGCACACUGUCCAGGCUUUAAUACCCUAGACAAUUUUAAUCAUGGAGUACAGAAGGAUUAGCUCAAGAUCAGACAGACGGGUCUGCUGAUGCCAAAUGCUCUGGUUUAAAACUGUCUUAUCCUACUCCUCAGCGAGGGACAGUUUACCUCGCUGUGAGGAUAUUUUCUCACUGUGCUGUAGCCUUUCCCCUACCUUCUGUGUUUUUUGGCCUCUCUGUCAACUCUAGCCAACCCCAAGAACCUUCAGGCCUCUAACGUUGUAUGCUAACCAUCCCCUGCACAAGGGUUUGUAAUGAAAUGGAGUGAAAAGUAGGACGGCUUCAGAAGAAGAUUUAAAAGGACAUUUUCAUCAGCAUGUGGCUAAUUCAUUUAGCCGAGCUAGUCAUCCAGACAGACCCUCAGAUUGCUCCAGCAGUUUUAUCAGUGUGAGUAGAGAUCUUGUGAGGCGGCAGCAGCUGUGAAAACAGGCUGAUUAAAGUGUAAAGGUUUCAAAGGUCCAAGAAUCUCUCUUGAAGGAAUUCUUCAGCUGUCACAGCAUUGUGUUCGGGUGCACAUUAAACAUCUGGUUGUGGUUAUCUGCGUUAUUUUAGCUCCUCUCUGUCGUGAAAUGCAUCUUUUAAACCUUGCUUUAAAAACCUCAAAAAGUAUGUCUCUUUUUCGGGCUGCAUAACAUUUGCCCUGGUAUCCACUUUGGCCAUUAUGGACUGUUGAUACUGUUGUCACCACAUCUUCUAUCCCUGGUGAAGGUGGCAGGCAGCUAAAUUAAUUUUUUUACGUUUGGCAAGUAACUGUUAGAUAUUGUUUAUGGCCAUCCUCGAGCAUUGAUCAUUUACCGUGUCGUUUUAUUUUCACUUACAGUGAUACAGAGGUGUCCAUUGCAUAUUUCAGUAAUAUUUAAGCCAGUGGUAGCAGUGUCUCCGAAGAGCCAUUGCAGAGUUCCAGUAAAGCGUGUAGUUAAAGCUUUGUGGUUGAACAAGCAGGUCUUUGUUUGUCCGCAUUAAAAAAAGCUUAAAAGCCCUGGUAAUAUGAGGAACAUGCACGGCCAAGCAGUCCUGUACUUCCUCGUGAAAGAGAAGGAUAUUAGUCCCCUCAGUCUUUUGUUUGCAAACAGGUUUGGCAAAAGGUCUGUUUAAACUCAAACUGAUUGUUCGGACAAGAGAGCUAUUUGGAUGUUAUGGAAAGAGAGACACUGGGAUUCGGUGCAAGGUUCCUCUGGCUACGCUAGGCCUGUGGCUCCAUAUGCAGCAGCUGGAUCAUCAGGGUUGUGGACAGAGCCGAGGACCGAAGUGCUGAGGGCAGUUUCUUGAGUAUCCCCAUGUCAAUGCGACGAGGCUCUUCAGAGAACAAUCUCGACCUCGACUUUGGUGAUGAGAGCCCCACUCCGGCUCAUGGCUUUGAGGUCCAGCGUAGUCGUUCCUGUUUGGACAACCUGCAGCAAAAGAUCUUGAAAGUCACAGAACAGCUCAAAAUCGAGCAGACUGCCAGAGACGAGAACGUUGCCGAGUAUUUGAAGCUGAUGAACAGUGCUGACAAGCAGCAGGUGGGGCGCAUCAAGCAGGUGUUUGAAAAGAAGAACCAGAAGUCGGCUCAGAACAUUGCUCAAAUGCAGAAGAAGCUGGAGCAGUAUCAUCGUAAGAUAAAAGACAGUGAAGUUUAUCAGAGCCCGUCCCCUCGACUGUCUACUGUCAAACACAGCACCAUGCCCAGGGAGUCACCCAGAGAGCUCCUGAAGGACAUGACCGGCAGCGGACGCCACCCCACCAUGGAUAAGAUCAAGACCAUAGGGCCAGGGGUCUCUCUGUCGCCACCCUUCUUUUUCAGCAAACCCAGGGAGUUUGCCAACCUCAUCAGGAACAAAUUUGGCAGCGCUGACAACAUUGACCACCUCAAGACCGGCCUGGACACUUCCUCUCCGUUGCCCACCGACGGUGCAGAAAAAGGACUUAGCAGCAGCAUCUCAAUGGUGGGCAAACCGAAGUACCCCAGUGAUGAUGAGUGCUCCUCGGGCAGCGCGUCCAUAUCAGCAGACAGUAAUGGUAACCCAGCAGGGCUAGGGGGAGCGUCAACGGGACAAGCACAGGACCCAGUCCAGGGACAGAUGGCGGGAGGAGAGAGUCAGAGCAGACUGGCCCUGAGCCUAGAGGAGGUGAAGGAGAUCAGGGAAGCUCAGAACCAGCUGGAGGAAGAUAUGGAGGAGCUGAAGGCUCAGUUCAAGAGAGAGUACGGCAUCAUCAGUCAGAAUCUUCAGGAAGAGAAGUACAGGUACCAGCAUUUGGAAGACCAGCUGAAUGACUUGACGGAGCUUCACCAAAAUGAAAUGGCUAAUCUGAAGCAGGAGCUGGCCAGCAUUGAGGAGAGAGUGGCCUACCAGGCCCAAGAGAGGGCCCGGGACAUACAGGAAGCCCUUGAGUCGUGUCAGACGCGAGUGUCCAAGCUGGAGCUGCAGCAGCAGCAGCAGCAACAAACGGUUCAACUGGAGAGUCAUGAUGCCCGAGUUCUGCUGGGGAAGAGCAUCAACAUAAUGCUGGCCAUCAUCACUGUCAUCUUGGUGUGCGUCUCCACUGCUGCCAAGUUUGCUGCUCCGCUGAUGAGGAGCCGCUAUCACGUGGUGGCUACUUUUCUGGGGAUUUGCUUUCUGAGCAUAUUCUGGAAGAACUGGGAACGAUUACAGCACACCAUGGACAGGCUGCUGUUUGUCACCUGACAGUGCUGGGAACAGAUCAAAAAAACAGUACCACGGCCCUGUCAGCUGCCAGGGUAGAAGUGUCUCAGAGGAUUGGUUGUACAAUCUAACAGAGCAGCCAUUACCCCCCCACCCCUUUACAGUAGUCCAUCUUUUUAAAAAACGAGAUUUUCUGUGAUUUUCCGACUUAGAAAUCUCUCGUGUGUUGAGCUACAAUUAUGUCUUAAUCGUGAAGAUUUUAUUGAUAUAAUAAUAAAGUUUUGUUACCUCCUGGUUGCUUUUAAAAAUACAGGAAAAGACCAUUUAAAGAGGAGACAUUUUGAAACAGAAUUAAAUGUAAAUUAAGUUGAGGUUGAUUUGACUAAAAUGCACCUUAUAUAGCGAAGCUUUGGCCUUGAAAUGCUAAUUAGAAUUUUUUUUACCAAAUGAUAAAUAUUAAAUAAUGAGAUAGUUGGGAAAAAGUUUUCACAACAAUCAGGAGUCCUGGAAGUUAAGCCUAGCAUAAAACCAGUGUUUUUCCUGUUUCGGUUUCUUUUCUUCAGCUUCUGCUAACAGGCCCCUUGUGUCAAAAUCUCACUGUAAUACAUUUUCACUAUGAAGUAACAUGGAGUUUUAACAGUAGGAAUGUUUACAAGAAGUAAGUGCCACUUGCUUGUAGCCAGUAGCUGUUUUAAAUGAACUGCAAGUCAAAGUCUUGUGCAGAUGAUUCCACUCACUCCUUGGGGGGUGAUCUAAAAGAAACCCCCGCACUCACUGUACAGAUGCUUCUUAUGGAAAUGUUACAAAUCACACCAGGGCUUAAAGGAACCAAGCAGAAAGCAUUGCUGUGUUUUUAAAAUAUGGUGAGUGAAAGGUGUGGCUACCAUCUCCACCUAGAAGUUUCAGUUCUCUGGAAUAGCUAAGAUCAAACUAGACAAAAAAAAACUAUUGUUUCAUGAUGUAACGACUUGGUGGACCCCCCAUUGGGUGCUUGGAUAAAUUGCAGGUGUGAGGGGGGGCUCCGCAAGGCAAAUUGAUUUCAAUUUCCUUUCUUUGAACCACUGAUGGAAAUAUUAACUUAUGUAUCAUUUUCUUUUUCUUUGUUCAAAGAAAAUAGCAGUUUGUGGAAACUACAGUGCAUUAAAUGAAGUUUAGUGGGUGUUUGAGACGAUGUUAUAUGGUUUGGGGCGAGACAAUCACCCUUCUCACAAAGUGGGGGUGGGGGCAGGGGCGGCGGGGCGCUGCAACAAACGUUUGGGAACCAUUGCCUUAAACUGUUUACGGCUGUUAAGUGGGAUCUUCGAAUAAGAACACAGAAAGUUCUACCGACGGUGAAAUCUAAGAAAAUAACAGGGUCUUUUUUUUUUUUUUUUUUUUUAAUUUUUCAUUAUUGAAUUUCUUUUGUGUGUAUCAAACACAACUUUCAUGUCAUUGUUUACAAUAUUCCCUCUGUGUGUUGCCUCACUCGGCCCUGUUUAUCUGCUGCUCCCCCUGCCCCCCAAUGUCACGAGGUUGAUUAUGGAGAUGAGUGCAUUAUUAUUCUCUUGUAAUUUUUUUUAGCCAUGCAGUUGCAUGAUUUUAUGGCUUAAUUUGAUUUAGUCUAAUUUGUGCUUCAUUAUGAAAAUUUGAGUCUGACCUUCUUAUCAAUUCUUACAGUCUUUGUUCCUGGUACGAGUUGCUUUGCUGGAAUGCCAUCAUGAAGUUUUUUUUUUUUUAAAUCAAAGGUCGAAGAAGCCUACAUCGUCAUAUCUCGUUCUAGCAAGGAACACUGAGUGCAGAUGAAGUGUAUGUCCCCGGUGUCCUUAUUCUGUAUUACACGUGAUGUUUUGGCACUUAUCUAACAGACUAAUCACAUCCAUAUCUCUUGGAAAGUCCGACAUUCCGCAUUUUAUUUCUUGACUGUCACUGGGUUGAUUGUUAUUGAUGAUGUGCUACUUCUGUGUUCUCACUCUACCUGACUCUGACCUCAUGGCCUGAAAGUCAGGGGUUUACCUUGUAAGACCUGUUAGCACUCAAAAUUUUAAUUUUGAUGCCAGAACAAUUCUCACAGGCUGGAUUUCCCCCCCCCUGCCUUAUGUUCCUUUUGUCGCUCCGUGGACUGUUCACAAUGUUCAAUGUGCAAUAUGCCUCAUUUUUAGGAUUUUUCUUUUUAUUAUUGUUAUUAUUGAUUAUUUUAGGAAUACGUGUGUAUCGAUAAUAUUUUAAAGGUACAGUGUGUUGUUGUGUGCUUUUAUGUAUGUACAGUUAAGGACAUAAUUAUUUGUCCCCCCCCGCCUCCAAGAAAAUGUUCAAUUUUCAGAGAUUUCCUAGGUGCUUUUAACAACUUUCGGAGCCAUUUCUGAGCAUGCUGCCUUUGUUGAGAAAGUUUACAUUAUUUAACGUACUCAACAAAUUAUUCCAUUGGAUUAAAUAAGGGUUUAAUAUUGACUGGUUAACGCUGUUUAUCUCAGCUUUCACGGCAUCAGCAGCAGUUCUUCAGACUACAGAAUGUUCCUUGUCAGUUUAGCAAGUGACAGCUCAAACUCAAACUUUACACAAAGGUCUUAGAACAAUAAACAGUUUAAAAAUACAUAAACACAGCAUCGCUGUAAAGUCAAUCCACAGUGCUGAUAUGCUUUGCUGUGUGAACAUUUGUUUAUGUAUGCAAAGUAGAAAAUAUGUUAUUCUUCUCUAAAUGACACUUGCUCAGAAAAGAUCAACUGUGAGUAAAUGCACGUGGGAAAUCCUGAAAUUGGAUGUAACGGGGGCUCGAAGUGUCCUCCUCAGCCGUAUGUUUGUGCAUGUGGGUCAUUCCUGUUGUCAUGAGGUAUUCAUAACCACUGAAGCCACUGCUGGCUUCUGAUAAUAGCAGCUGUGCUCUUGUCAGAAUGACUCCACUCCCUGCACUACUGUGCUGUCUGUCUGGUCAUAUCAACACGUACCAGGUCACCAGCGCAGUGACCGGCGUACGUUCGCCCAAACGGCAACGAAAACGCACCAAGAUGGUCACUUAAAUGUCUUAUGACUUUCACCCUGUGUGAUGUAUCCUUUACUAAUAAUGUGAUAGAGAAGAAAUGAUUUAUACUGUGACGGAAUGCCAUUCUUUAUUGAGAAAGAAAAUGCAACAAACAAACUUCACUACUCUAAUGAUGACGGAGAGGCCCAGAACAGGUCACAAAAGAUGGAUUGUGAGCUUAUACUGUGGACUGACUACUGUGUGUUCUCUUCAUUGUCACGUCUUACCUAACGUUGCUAUUAUAAUAUGUUUGUGAUGACUCUGUUCUACUGACUGCUACGUGUUGUUUUGCCUUUUUUCCCUUUAGGACACAUACGCAUACGAAGUUUUACCUGCAGAAGUACAAACAUGGUUUACAUUUUCUAUUCACCUCUGACGAACCAUGUGUUAAAUCGGUCGUUAAAUCAACCUGCGUAAUGUGCCUUUGUCUGACAGUUUAUGUUAAAUUAAACAAACUCUUUUAGAUAUUGUA